AUGUUUUGCUCUUUUCACGACCAACCAGUGAGAAGGUUGGAUGUAAACAGCAAUGACUGUGACAGUAUAAAACCUGUGUCUAGGGUUUCUUCUUCUUCUUCUUCUUCUAGUUCUGGCCAUGCGCGCAAAAUCCAAUCAUCGUGCCUUGUCUGCUUGUCUUCUCCUUGCAAGAAAGAUCCUGUCACUGCCUCUCAGAUGCCCGUUUCGUCUUUUUCCUCUCUCAGUGAUGCCGAUUACCCUCCUGACACGGUUUCUGUGGAUGAUGAGGUCUUUUGUGGACCCGUUCCUUCUCCCACUGAGAUUCAAACUGCUCUCACUUCACUUACACAGAUCUUUGGGUCUUCUUCACCUGUCCAGCAUGCUAAGAACACAUAUUAUUACCAAUUGGACAGUGAAGUAGGUCAUGGCACAGAUGCUUCUUUAGUUGAUCAAGUUUGUUCAGAUCUAUCUGAGACAGACUGGAAAGAACCCUCUCUCUGUUCAUAUAAUCCAAGCAUGUUACAAGCUGAUGUUUCUGAUAGAGCUUCUUUUGCAAUCCAUUUAUUGCAGAAUGAUGCAUGUGUUCAGAGGAUGGUAAAAUCAUUAUCAUCAGAUAAAUCUGUGUGGGAUGCUGUACGGCAGAAUGAAGCCAUACAGGAGCUAAGGAACGCCCUAAAAGCAGAAAGAGAUGAGAGCUCAGAUGGAACAGUUGCCAGUGACUCCCCCGACACAAGAAAUGUUAUAAUGCGGAUGUCUGAUGCUGUAAAAGCCAAACUCAUGGAAGCAAUUGAGAAUAUUACCAAGAUUGUGAAGAAAUUGUUUCAAAGUGCACAUCACAGGCAAGCUGAAUAUGCAGGAAAAUCUAAUUCAUCAAAAAUGAAGUUGAGAGUUUCUGUCAUGCUUUCCAUAAUGAUCUUCCUAUUUGUGGUGGUGGAUCGUAUCUAUUAA